UCUAUCAAACCCUAGAGAUCUCUCUGAUGGAUUUCCUCAAAAUCGAAGAAGAAGAUGAUGCCAGUAUUGAUCAGGGCUACAUUGACCAUUAUUUUAACGAUUGCAUACCCGACGUAAACUGUAACAACCUCUCGACGUCAAGAGAGGAAAACUAUACAAUCAUGAGCGAAGGCUGUAUACGAAAAAUCCAAGAAGAUGACAUACAAAAACUAUCAGAAACACUAUGCAUCUCACCGUCUGAUUCUUGCACGCUUCUUCUUCACUUCAAUUGGAACAUCGACAAAGUAUACGAAGGGUGGUUUACCCAAGAAGAAGAAGUUCGAAUAUCUACAGGUUUGUUUCAAAACCCCUUUGAAAUUGACAAUAACGCUAGAAAAAUUAACUGUCGAAUAUGUUUCGAAAUAUUUUCUCUCAGCGAGACGAUAGCAGCUUCGUGUGGCCAUCGAUUUUGUAUUGAUUGCUAUAGAAACUACGUCAGUGUAUCUCUCAGCGACAAUGGAUUAGGCUGUUUGAAUCUCCGAUGCCCUGAUCCGUCCUGUACUGCUUCUAUCGGUCAAGACAUAGUCGAGUCUUUAGUAUCCGAAGAUUAUGCGCUGAAAUACUCUCAUUUUCUUAUAAGAUCAUACGUUGAGAGUAAGAAAAAUGUAAAGUGGUGCCCGGCGCCAGGCUGCUACUUUGCAGUGAGUCUCGUAGCAAACAUUAAUAAAAAUAGCAGCGUCCAUUGCAGAUGCGGCCACGCUUUCUGCUGGAAUUGCGCUGAAGAAGCUCACAGGCCUGUAGAUUGUGAGACCUUCACAAAAUGGAUAUCCAAGAAUGGUGCUGAAUAUGAAAGCAAAAUGUGGAUAUUAGCUAAUUCGAUGCCUUGCCCUAAAUGCAAGCGACCAAUUGAGAAAGACAAUGGAUGUAUGCACAUGACAUGCUUGCCCCCGUGUAAGUUCGAGUUCUGUUGGUUAUGUCACGAAUCCUGGUUGGAGCAUUCCGUCUGUAGAUACUAUGCAGCUGAUAAUAGAAGAGGCACAUACAACAAAGAAGAACAUAGGGAUGAACAUGAAUACUACUUUAAGCUCUGGGCAUUGAAUAGAAUAUCGAUGAUAAAGGCGAUUUCGGAAUUGAAAAUGAUGCCAACGGAGAAGAUGGGAGUGCUCUAUUUUUUUGUUGAAGCAUGGGAGCAAAUUGUUGAAUGUAGAAGAAUUUUGGCAUGGACAUAUGCAUAUGGAUACUAUCUUGCUGAGGAAGAGAAGGUGAAAAAGGAAUUAUUCGAGUAUUUGCAGAGCGAAGCUGAGGCGAACCUUGAAGAAUUGCAUAAAUGUGCCAAGAUUGAUCUGCAAGCUUAUCUUAAUAGUGGAAAUAUGCGAACUUUCGCUGAAUUUCAAUGUAAGCUCUCUGGUCUGACCUUAGUGACACGAAACUAUUUCGAUAAUUUUGUUCAUGCCCUUGAGAAUGGGUUGAAGGAGGUGGAUAGUAGGAAAGCUAUGGUCAACAAGAGAGAUGGAGAAAAUAUUGAUCCAUAUGGAGGGGGAAUUACUUCCCAGGACUAUAUGGAUGAAGAUGGACGUUAGGUAUGCAUUACUUUCACUUAUAUCAAUCAUUUUGGUUCUGAUAUUUGUGAUGUGUUAGACUAACAGACACACAAGUAGAUUGUUGAACUGUUUAAGUCACCGAAAUAUUAUUAUAAUUAGUUGCAACAAAAUAAAAAAUUGUAACUAUGUUUUGCAUUUAUGUUUUCUUAUUGAAACUAUGAUCAGUAUUUUGAUUUUUUACCUACCCGAUUGAC